GUGUAAGACUCUAUAUAAAAUAAAAUUAGUAGACUAGUACAAUAUGUCGUACGAUGAUAUAGAUAAUGCUGUUCCCGACAUUGUGAUUGGCGGCACCAUGGAGGAUCCAGAAAAUGAAUAUCACUAUGAUAUCGAAAGUGAUAAUGAAUUAGGUGAUGAACAGAUCAAAGAAGAAGUAGAGACUAAAGAAAAGAAAUCCGUUGCAUUUGCUGGAUUAGAUGAUGAAUUUGAUGAAGAAGAAGCCAGAAGAGAAUUUGAAGAAGGUGGAGGAUUACCUGAACAACCAGAAAAUCCUGAUUUUAGUCAAUAUACUCCAACCUCUGCUGAUAUUAUUAAUAGACAAGCUACUAUAAAUAUUGGUACUAUUGGUCAUGUUGCUCAUGGUAAAUCAACUGUUGUUAGAGCUAUAUCUGGAGUUCAAACUGUUCGUUUUAAAGAUGAAUUGGAAAGAAAUAUUACUAUUAAAUUAGGUUAUGCUAAUGCUAAAAUCUAUAAAUGUGAUAAUGAAGAAUGUCCUGAACCAGAUUGUUAUAAAUCAUUUAAAUCAGAUAAAGAAAUCAGACCAAAAUGUGCUCGUCCUGGAUGUACCGGAAGAUAUAAAUUACUCAGACAUGUUUCAUUUGUUGAUUGUCCAGGUCAUGAUAUUUUAAUGAGUACUAUGUUGUCAGGUGCUGCUGUUAUGGAUGCUGCUCUUUUAUUAAUUGCUGGUAAUGAAAGUUGUCCUCAACCUCAAACUUCUGAACAUUUGGCUGCCAUUGAAAUUAUGAAAUUAAAGCAUGUCAUCAUUUUACAAAAUAAAGUAGAUUUAAUGAGAGAAGAAUCUGCUUUAGAACAUCAAAAAUCCAUUUUAUCUUUUAUCAGAGGUACUAUUGCUGAUGGAGCUCCAAUUGUUCCAAUUUCUGCUCAAUUAAAAUAUAACAUUGAUGCUGUCAAUGAAUACAUUGUUAAAUAUAUUCCAGUUCCAUUAAGAGACUUUUCCGCUACUCCAAGAUUGAUUGUUAUUAGAUCUUUCGAUGUUAAUAAACCAGGGGCUGAAAUAGAUGAUUUGAAAGGUGGUGUUGCUGGUGGUUCUAUUUUAACCGGGGUAUUUAAGAUUGGUGAUGAAAUUGAAAUUAGACCAGGUAUUGUUACUAAAGAUGAUAAUGGUAAAAUUCAAUGUAAACCAAUUUUUUCUAAUAUUGUAUCAUUAUUUGCUGAACAUAACGAUUUGAAAUUUGCAGUUCCAGGUGGUUUAAUUGGUGUAGGUACUAAAGUUGAUCCAACUUUAUGUAGAGCUGAUAGAUUAGUUGGACAAGUUGUUGGUGCUAAAAAUAAUUUACCAUCAAUUUAUACUGAUAUUGAAGUCAAUUAUUUCUUAUUAAGAAGAUUAUUGGGGGUUAAGACUGAAGGUCAAAGACAAGGUGCUAAAGUUAAAAGAUUAGAAGCAGGUGAAGUAUUAAUGGUUAACAUUGGAUCAACUGCUACCGGUGCUAAGGUUUUAGCUGUUAAAGCUGAUAUGGCUCGUUUACAAUUAACUUCUCCAGCUUGUACUGAAGUUAAUGAAAAGAUUGCUUUAUCUAGACGUAUAGAUAAGCAUUGGCGUUUGAUUGGUUGGGCUACUAUUAAAAAGGGUACUGUUUUAGAACCUUCUGCAUGAAACUUUUAUGUUUAAUUGGUUUAUUCUAAUUCAUGACAUCAUUGUAUUUAUAGUUUAGUAAUUUAAUAUAUACUAUCUUGUUUAUAAACAAAACAAAACAAAACAAAAUAGAAUCUUGUUAGAUUUCAAAGGCAUCUCUAUACAUC